AUGGCCGCGCCACAGCCGACUAUUAACGACCUCGCCGCCAAGAUCGGCGAGCUCUCGGCCGAGUUCACCAAAUUCUUGAGCGAAAACAAGAUCCCUCAGCCUACUUUUGCCGCGGACAGCGUCUCAAGCUACGAUGGCCUCACGUCAGAAGCCUUUUUGCUCCGCCAGAAGCUGUUGGAUGCCGCCAACGAUCUCUCCUACCUAGUCUCAGGACCAAGUGAGAGCAUCUUCAACUACACCCAUAAUAUGUCUCCUGAUGCCGCAUCACUCAAUACCCUCAACCACUUCGAUUUCUGGUCCGCCGUGCCCAUUGAUGGCGACGCCUCGUACGCAGACAUCGCAAAGCACGUCCGCCUGCCCGAAGAAGUGGUCCACCGUGUCCUUGAUCACGCCUACACCCUGCGCAUCUUUGAGGAGACCGAUCCCGGCAAGCCCUUCACCACUCGCGUCCGUCACACCUCGCGAUCUGCUGCGCUGCUGAAGAACGCCGGCCUCAGGGCGCUGGUUGAGGCUCUCAUGAACGAUGCUGGCCCGGCUAUGGGUGUCCUUCCCUACGCACUGGAGAAGUUCCAGCGCGGUAAGACAGAAUUGAAGGAGGAUAUGACGGAGACUGCAUUUGCGCUGUACCACUCUGGCGAACUCUGUGGUGGAUACACAAACUCGUGGGAGCUGCUGGAGAACGACGGCGAGGGCGAAAACAAGGGCUUCCGCCAGAGAAACUUCGUCAAGUGGAUGAACUACAUCAAAGAGAUCUUCCGCUUGGAGGGAUUGGUCAACAGUGCCUACGACUGGAAGGCCGCUGGCGACUUCAGCGUUGUCGAUCUCGGCGGCUCUGGUGGCCACGACAGCUUCGUUUUGGCGAAGAACUUCCCCAACCUCAAGAUCACUGUUCAAGACCUGCCCAACUGCGAGACUUCUUUCAACCAAAACAUUCCCGAGGAGCUCAAGGGCCGAGUCAACUUCCAGCCCCACAGCUUCUUCGAGCCGCAGCCCCUGUCCGCCGACCUGUACAUGAUCAAGCUUAUUCUCCACGACUGGCCCGAUGCGGAGUCUAUCAAGAUUCUCAAGGGUCUCACACCGGCACUGCGCCCUGGUGCCCGAGUUCUCUUCAUCGACUAUGUCGGCAAGCAGGGUGACGUCGAGGAGAACGCCGCGGCGGCUGCGGCGCUGCCCAAGUCUAUUCAGCAGAUGGGCACUUCAACGGAUCUGAGAAUGAUGGGUCUUUUCAGCGCAAAGGAGAGACCUGUCGACGCGUGGACAGAGUUGUUCAAGAAGGCGGACGAGAGAUACGAGAUCAAGCGUGUUGAGGCCAACCCCUUGACUUUCUUUGUCAUUAUCGAGGCCGUUUGGCGCGGUUGA